GAGGGAAGGGGGUGUGGGGCCACUGAGCUGACUGCCAGCAGUUGUAUGCAGCUACUGUAGCUCAGGGUCAGUUUACUAGCAGAGCAUGGGCUGCUGAAGAUGGAAGGAUACAAAACUUUUCUGAUUUUACUGGUGUCUUCCCUGCUACUGGGAUUAAUUCUCAUCACCUUUGCUUUCGUCUGGAUUUUUGUCUACGCUGAAGGGCUUGGGUGGGAUGGAAGCAAUCCUGAAUUUAACUGGCAUCCACUAUUAAUGAUCACAGGAUUCAUCUUCAUUGAAGGCAUUGCAAUUAUAGUGUACAGAUUGCCAUGGACCUGGAAAUGCAGCAAGCAGUUCAUGAAAUUCAUACACGCCAGCCUGCACCUUAUAGCUUUGGUUCUUGUGGCAGUGGCUUUGGUGGCAGUGUUCGAAUACCAUGAUGCCAAAACUAUCCCCAAUAUGUACAGUCUACACAGCUGGGUUGGUUUGACUGUCGUUAUCCUAUUUGCUUUGCAGGUUGUUGUUAGUAUGAUUGUCUAUUUGAUUCCGAUCACCCCCAUUUCCAUACGAGCGGCUCUAAUGCCAGUUCACGUCUACUCUGGACUACUUCUGUUUGGUGGAGUAAUAGCAACAGCUCUUAUGGGAAUCACCGAAAAGCUAAUUUUCUCACUGAAAUCCCCAUCCUACAGUAGUUUACCACCACCUGCCAUCUUUGUCAACACUCUGGGGCUCCUUAUUGUGGUUUUUGGCGGACUGGUCUUUUGGAUAGCUACUCGACCAGCCUGGAAGCGCCCUCCUGAGGGCAUCAAUAAAAGUUCUCCUGAAGGCGCUGAAGUCGGUGCUGCAAGUGAGUACAGCAACACGGAGAAGUCUGACAUGGAAUUAAAUAGUGAAACAGCCAGAAAACGGAACUUAAAUUUGGAUGAGGCGGGACAAAGAUCAACCAUGUGAGAACAUGAUGAGGACUGUAUAACGGCAUACUCUUCAUUUGGAUUAUGCUGUCUUAAUAUCAGUGUUCACACAAACAUUUUUCUGCAUAAAAAGUAUGCUUUAAUUACUUUAUUUCUGGUGGGGAAGGAAAACUAUGUUUCUUUUGAUAACACAAUGAACGUUGUAUAAGAUCUGAGAUUUAUUUUUCUAUACAUGAACAUUUCUGCUGGAGUAAUCUUAAACAGUACUGGAAUUCAUUUAAUAUAGUACUUUUUGUCAUACAA